AAUACGCAUAAAAUUUCUAACGUAUGUCACAAAUGGAACACAUAUUUCGUGUUAUCACCUUAUAAUAACUCACUAAUUUUGCUUCUCGCACAGUAUCUUUUUUUUCGCUACAAAAUAUUUGUUUAUAAUUUUUUUGGCUGUAUGGGCUGUAUUACCUUUUGCCCUCAAUACAUGAAAUAAAAAAUUGCAAAAACCAAAAAAUUAAUGCAAAUUUGUAAAUUUUACCUCAAAUGAGGGGGCAUUCUAAAUUUUAUAGCUAUUAUUAAACCCAUUAAAUCGUAGUAAUUAAUCAAAUAAAUAAGUGGCUAAUUGUUUCAAAAUGUCCGAUUCAUCUGUAAAAGAAUUCUGUAAGACUUGGUGGGCCGAAGUUUACAACAGAAUUAUUGGUGCUGUUGUCUUCUUGGAUGAUGCUAGUUCCGAAUGUCUUCAUUGGGAUGGGGGCCUUUUCAACCUGCUCGAAGGAGGUGCUGUUGCAGUUAAAAGUUUAUCUCCAUUUGAGUGUGCGACAAAAGAUCAAAGGAAAGGAGUAUUCAUAACCCAGACUACUUCCACACAACUACGUACAAUACAAGACAUUAUCAAACACAGUGAUUUCUCACAUUGUACACUGAUAUCAUGUGUCAGUUUGGAUGUUGUAUACUUGGAGCUCCAUGAAGGUAAAGAUGUGAGUGAUGUCAUCACUGCUGGAAGAGGGCCUGCGGAGGCUACUAAGAUGCUGGAGGAUAUGAUGGUUCAGUGGAUCGGAAGAAGUCCAUGUGCCGUCCAAGUAGUGCACAUACCGAUCUUCACAAUUUCUCCAACAAAUGUAGUAUUUCUGACUCCACCAUUUCAUGCCAUGUUCCCUCUCUAUGAUGGUAGACUGACACCGGAGACAACUUCAGUAGAUCUAUAUACUUUAAAGAGUGAGGAAAGAUCUCAGAUAAGAAGAUUAGCCAGUUGUCUUAAUAGCAUGUUUGAAUCAAUGAACUUAAAAGAGGAUGUCUAUUACAUGGGAACCUAUAGCUCUUUAUUAGCUGGUGUACUAGAAAAUUCACCUGUUUGUCUGUCAAGAAGAAAGAAUUGCACGAAUCCUGCGUCAUUAAUAAUAGUGGACCGAACCUUAGAUCUCUGCAGUGUGACAAGUCAUUCUAUGGAAUCUGUUCUGGACAAAGUGUUGGCAGUUUUACCAAAGUUCCCAGGGCAUUCGAAUGAAGUUGCCGUUGAUAUGUCUCCGCUUUGUGAAGCUAAUGUAAUCACCCAUCCAGAUGACCUACAACUAAGCCCGGGCUGUCUCUACCACGCGAACGAUGAUAUAUGCACACAAACCUUUGAACACAUGCUAAACAAGUCUCAAAAGGAAGUGAUGUUUGAUUUAUACAAUAAAUUGUCAAAGUUGGACGUACAGCGGUCACCGAGUCCCAAGACUCUGCUCAGGGUUACUCCACAGAGCGUCGACAAGAUCGUUACGGCGGCUAAAGGGAAUUAUGACGUAAUAAGCAAUCAUCUAGGCAUACUACAGCUGGCAUUAGCCGUCGUACAAACGUUGAAGUCGCCGAGACGAGCUCAAUUGGAACUCCUGGCGAGCUUAGAGAAACAGGUCCUUCAGAAUUUGGGUGCCAGCCGAGACUCCACUAGUGUUUUGCAACAGAUGAGUACAUUAAUAAAAUCCCGUAAAGAACGCAAUUUGCCUUUGGAUAAUCUGCUCGCGUUAAUCAUUCACAUAUACUCUCUCGGCGGUACUGAAGUCACAUUCUCAAAAACUCAUGAACAGGAUCUAAUUGAGGCUCUCAGUGUUGCCAUGUUCGAAGAUCACAAAAGCUUAUUUCCUCAAGUUGAAGGGCAUAUAGUAACACCGGAGGAAUGUGAUGAGAUUUCUCAAAAAACAUUGAAGCGACUAAAGGAAAUAGCAUUGAUGAGGAAAAAUUUGCAGAAAUACAACUCGUUAAUAAAGACAAGCGAGACAGGAAUCGGGCACGAAUACCGCGGCCUGUUACUGCAGCUAGUCGAUGACCUCGUGGACACGGAUAGACCAGAACUAACAGACCUGCGACACAGAAAUGAGGGUAUCAAAGAUUUGCUGAGAAGCGGCUUGAACAUCUUGACAAGCAAGAAAUCUCGCACUUUGAAACAUCCACUCGAGAGUCCCACUGUGAUUUUGUUUGUGAUUGGAGGCGUGACCGCUGAGGAAUGCAAGCGUCUGCACCGCAGCGUCAUCACGAGCGGCGUCGACAACGCCGUGCUCAUCGGGGCCACUAAGUUCGUAACGCCGGUCGAAGCUAUGAAAGAUGUUUUGCUUUUAUAGCGGCUAAUUACUUAAAUAUUGAUCCAUUAACUGUGCUUUUAGGCACCACAAGCACCGGUCACCGUCCUCGUCGAACCCGUCGUUUGCGACGAAGGGCUCGACGAGCGAAUUAACCCAUACACACAGCCCACUGAGUUUCUCGCCGGAUCUUCUCAGUGGGUCGUGUUUCCGAUCCGUUGGUAGAUUCUGCGAAGCACUGCUCUUGCUAGGGUCAGUGUUACCAACACUCCGGUUUGAGCCUCGUGAGCUCACCUACUAGUUAAGAUUACGCUGAUAUAGCCUCUCAAGGCUAUCAGCUUAGGUCGGAAAAAAAAAACUUAAAUGUUGUUAACAGCGACAUCUACCGUCGAAUAGAAUAAUUUUUACGAAAUUAUUUGAAACUAUUGGCUUUAGCCGAGUGUGAUCACAAAGCUUACCUGUUUUUUUUUUAAAUUGCUUAGAUGGGUGUAUGAGCUCACAGCCCACCUGGUGUUAAGUGGUUACUGGAUCCUAUAGACAUCUACAACGUAAAUGCGCCACCCACCUUGAGAUAUAAGUUCUAAGGUCUCCAGUAUAGUUAAAACGGCUGCCCCACCCUUCAAACCGAAACACAUUACUGCUUCACGGCAGAAAUAGGCAGGGUGGUGGUACCUACCCGUGCGGAUUUACAAGAGGUCCUAGCACCAGUAAUUAUGCAAAUUAUAAUUUUGCGGGUUUAAUUUUUAUUAUACGAUGCUAUUCCUUCGCUGUGGAAGUGAAUCGUGAACAAUUGUUAAGUAUGUAUUUCAUUACAAAAACGGUACCCUGCGGCCUCGCCUUCGGGAUUCAAACUCCGGUGUAUCGCUAGAUACUAAUGCACCGGAUGUCUUAUCCUUUAGGCUACGACGACUUAAAAUUAAUGUUAAUUAAUUAUAGGAGUGCAAUAGAGAAUAUUUGCUCCUAGUUUAACUUGUUUAUAAAUCUAGAUGCAUGGGCGAUGUCAUAGUCCACAUUAUGUUUUUUCAUUGUCCUUGUAGACAGAUGAACAUUUGGCCUAUGGCGUUUUUUUUUAUUUUAUUUUUUAUUGCCUUUGUACGCAAACGAGCAUACGGCCCAUCUGAUGGUGAGUGGUUACUGUCGCCCAUGGACUUCAGCAAUGCCAGGGGCAGAGCCAAGCCGCUGCCUACCGCUUAAUACUCUCCACAAGCCUCGUUUGACGAAGGACAUGUCAUAGCGCUCGGGAAACACCGUGGAGGGGAGCUCAUUCCAUAGCCGGGUGGUACGUGGCAAAAAAGAUCUCUGGAAACGCACUGUCGAUGACCGCAGUGACUCCAGAUAGCAUGGAUGAACUCUUCUCCGGUGGCGGGCGGUGCGAUGGUAAAAACGAGAUGCCGGUAUCAUCUCGAACAAUUCCUCAGAGCACUCCCCAUGGAACAUAUGGUACAAAAUACAGAGGGAACGGAAGUCCCUCCUGUUAAAGGCGUGCUGUUACCAUCCCUCGUGUCCGCCAAUAAUGCCAGGGGCAUAACCAAAUCGCUGCUUACCGCUGAGUACUCUGAAAACUAGGUUCGAAGAAAAACAUGUCACAGCACUCGGGUAACACAAAGUUAAUUUCGAAGUUCAGACGGUGUAUUGUAGAAAAGAUUUCUGGAAACCCACUGUGGGUGAGCGCAGUGGCUAUAUGUAGUAUGAGUGAACUCUGAUUUGAAUAUAGGUGGAUUUUUUUUACCGCAGCUAAUAGAUAUCAUAACGUGUACCAUGAGCUUAACGGCCGUCCUUUUAAAUCGGAAUCUGUCAUUGUUUUGUGACAGAACUAGACAGGAUGAUCGUAUCCAUCCGUGUAGACUUAAUAUACAUAUGUCGGUUUGAUUGUGUUACGCACAUUUUCUCCAUUGUUUUUUUUUUCGUGCAUAUUAAUUUGGAAAAGGAUAUGAAUAUGAAUGGCUUUGUUUCACGAAAAUUAAAUUAUAUUUAAAAGCCUUAGUUAAGAUUUUUCAAGUUACGUUUUUAAACUCGUACCACUUUAGGGAUUUUGAUGAAAUUCGCCAUGGAUAUAGUUUGAACUCUAGAAAAAAGGCUAAUCGUCACUCCACUCCUGAGUACAGGCUUCCAUUCACGCAAUAUGAAGUGCAGUCACGCGGAGUUGUGGGCGGUAAGGUCGUCAGGAAUAUGUUAUUAGAAUUAUUAUAAUUAUUAAAAUAUUAUUACACGUUAAUAAAAUUAUUCUACUGAUUCGCUGGUAGCCUAAGGGGCUAUUCCAGUUACUCCCGGAUGGGUAGGUGAGCUCACGGGCUCACCCUGAGAGAAUUUGCUACCCUAGCCCUAGCAAGAGCAGUGCUUCGCAGAGUCUACCAGCGGAUCGGAAUCGCGACCCAGUGAGGAGAUCCGUCACUGUGCUAGCGUUUAUGAAAUUUGCAUUUAAAUAAAGACAGUAGUGUGGCGUGUAGCCAUCAUAUAACGCAAGAUAAUUGACAAAUGCCUGAAUCUCUCUUACGACAUUUUCAAGAUAAAGCGCAUAUAUACCUACAAGUUCCGAACAACAACACUAGGACCGUCGGUCUACCGAGCAAAUAUCACCUGCUCGGUGGAAGAUCUUCCUUUCGUCGUAUAUCUCUCCCAAAGUAGUAAUAUUAGCGCUGUAGAUUUUUUUAAAUAUUCUUCAUUAUAUAACUUGUAGUUUUUUUAAACUAUAAUCUAGAUAAUAUUAUAUUAUGUGAACGUCUGCUCGCUUCAAAAUAAACAUUGAAAGUAAUUUGCACUAAUAAUUUAAAAAAAAAAAAAAAAUUCGUACGUCGUAUAAAAAAGGCGGUGGCUACAAUUUUAUGAUAUUGUAUAGAAUUUUAAUCUUUCAAAUUUUGCGAAUUUAUAGUUUAGAAUAAGUAAAUAAUUUAUUCCACGCUUUAUGAAUAUUAGCUUAAUUUAUAAUAAUGUUAAUAUGUGUAGCUUAAAUUUCGAUUACAUUUCCAUAUUGGAUGUUGCGGGCUGAUAUCUGUGUUGGAAAUUGUACCUUGUUUACAAUAAGGUUUCUUUAAAUAUUAUAUUAACUCAAAAAUUAUUGAGGUGGAAAACUCAAAAAAUAUUACAUAAUUAGUCGUUUUAUUUUUUAAUUAUUUGUCACUGUUUAGUUUGUUUAGAUUAGAUACAAUGAUUUGUAUUAGAAAAUUGUGUAGGUAAGUGCAACUCAAAAUUUUCGUAAUUCUAGAUGAAAUUGUUAAAAUUAGGCUAAACACUCCGUGACUAGUCAAUAAGUUAAGAAUUUAUAAUAUAUAUAUAUAGGUAUAUAUGUAUAUUGAAAAUGUUGCAAUGCAAUUACAAUGCAAGAAAAAUUGUAAUUAGUGAUGUAUGAACUGGAUGUUAUGUAUGUUAAUUUUGUUCAGAAAUAAUAAACUGCAUAAAUAUUCAAGAA